AAUGCGGCAGUCUGUUCACAAUAGGCUCGAACGGCCAAUGUGGUCCUGCACAAGGAACUCGAUGUCAUUCAAAUCAAUGCUGUUCUCAGUACAAUUACUGUGAAACUUCUUCGGGUAUUAUUAACUUUCAAAAGUAUGCUAUUGUCGCAUCGUGA